AUGGGUUAUUUUGACUUAAUUAAUCAACCACUAAAUGAAUUUGGAGAGGAAUUAACAAGUAAUUUUAUUGAUCCAGCUAAGGACUUAAGACAGAUAUUGUGACUAACUUAAAGCCUGAGUCAAGAUUUAAUGUUUUGGUUGGACUUUCAGUUGUUAAUUUAGCUAUUGGUGUAGCUGUCAAAGGAAUUAAAUCAAGACCCCUUUAAACAGGUUUUAUAAGUUUCUUUGGAUUUGGUUUAAUUAUUUAUCCAGAAUUGUACUUCGGAUUGAUCAAAUAAAAAAAAGUGUAGUAAUAAAUAACACAUCAUUUUAUUAAGAGAGAUUGAAUUAUUAAAAAAUGC